ACUUCAGCAGUACCGAUAACGUCUAUACUAGCUGCUAGCCAAUCGCUUGAGCCCUAUCUUCCCAUUCUAUUAUCUGGAAUCAGCAAAUUGGAAAUCGUACGAUACGACGUCACCGCCGCUACACCGUAGGCAAAGGAGAGAAGCGAUGGAACCUAUCUCGCCCCGGGAAGCCUUGCAACCCUAUCUCAAGCCAGAUACCACGAAAGUUAUCGUCAGGUUCAAGUCUGUCGGAUCGGCACCGAUCAUGAAGCAGAAUUAUUACAAGAUCACGGGAUCUCAUCCUUUCUCGGCGGUGCAUACGUUUCUACGGAAAGAGCUAGGUUGGGGCAAACCGGGUGGAACGUCAGCAACUGGAGGAGAGCUCUUUCUGUAUAUCAACUCGGCGUUCGCUCCAGCGCCGGAUGAUACGGUUUCGAACCUGUACAAGAGCUUUCAGACGGACGGUCAGCUGAUAGUCAACUAUAGCACGACGCCUGCAUGGGGUUGAACGUACAAGCCUCUCAGGACUGAAUUGACGACAUAUAACGAGAUUUACACUUCACGAAGCUGGACGACGUGUACUGGAGAGAUUACUGAAAGACCUUCGAUGCUGUAAAUAUACCUCUGCGUUUCAUCGACAGAUUGUUGUGGAUACACUCAAUCACUCAGCAUGGGUUUGAGGUCACAAUGAGCAAUCUCUUUGUGGUUCGCAACGACUUGAAUGACCACAACCCAGCCUAUCGACCGAUUGAUCGAGCUGAUGGACAGCUCGUCUGUUAUGAUGCGUUCGAACACGGUUACUCGAUUUAUGCGUUUCUAAGUCAGUCUGGGUGACGAAUGAGGCUGAUCGACCGAACGGCGAUCAACGACCUAGCAUGCA